AUGUCCGAUGUAUUCGACGAUAAUGAGCCUGUCAUCGUCGACUGUGACGUCCUCGAGGCGGCUAAGGAGAACAUCCAGCCGCUCGCUGCUGGGCGUCGAGUGACAGCUCUCUCUGCUAUCUUGUCUACUCCGCACGCACAGCGCGAAAGUCGGCUCGCCUCUACUCGUAAUCGUCUCCGGAUCAACGUGGAAGUCGCUCUUGAGGACGAAGACGAUGAUCCUCUUGAGGCGUACUGCCGAUUCGUAUACUGGACCGUGGAGAACUACCCACAAGGCCACAGCGCCGAAUCCGGUCUAUUAGAGCUGCUCGAGGAAGCAACCAGAGUUUUGAAGGACAACAGAGGAGGCAUAUGGAGGGGUGACAUGAGAUAUUUGAAGCUGUGGGUACUCUACGCCAGCUAUGUCGAGAAGCCCGCGAUCAUCUUCAAGUUCCUGUUGGUGAAUGAGAUAGGAACAAGUCACGCAUUGUUGUACGAGGAAUUUGCGAAUGUCUUGGAGCGAGCAGGGAGGCGAAACGAAGCAGACGAGACGUACCUGCUCGGUAUUGCUCGGAAAGCCUCGCCGGCCGAGCGACUUGAAAGUAAACAUCGUGAUUUUCAGAAGAGGAUGAUGGCUUCCUUUACUCAUCCUGCUCCUGUGUCCGAACCUGCACCACCGCUCACGUCGUCGACAUCGACAAAGCGGAGUGUCUUGGCAGAGACAGCCACCUCUACCCCAUCCACGUCUCGUCACCAAACACGCUCCGCGACGAGGAACGCGUCCGUCACAGGGGAUGUAUUUACCACACCUCCUUCAGCAGUCGCGCCACAUUCCAAUGCGCGCUUGGAAAUCUUCCUCGAUCCCUCUGGGUCGCCUGAAAACGACCCAACUCUGGCCGAAACUUCUUGGCCAGAGUUGGGUACGCGUAAAUCACGCAUCAAAGAAAAUAUUCCUGAAGUUAAGAAGGCUGCAGGGACGACUCUGCGCCAGCCAGGACGACCCCAGCGGACUGUUGCUGCUGCUGCACCGAGGAUGGCUGUCUACAGAGAUCCCGAUCCCGAUCAAGCAGCUGAUGCUCAAGAAAUGCCGCCGCCGCCUGUGCCCGCGACACGGAAGCAUGAGAAGGCAAAGAGCUCUAUCACUGUUUUCCGCGACGAAGACGAGAAGAAGAGCCAGCCGUCUUCCUCUUCAAAGAAAUGCGAAAUGAGUUCUAGUAUGAUCUUCCGUGACGAGGAUGAGGUCGACGGCACGCAGGGUCCUUCGACUCAGAAUCGCGAUAAGAUAAAAGGCGCUAUUACUGUCUUUUGUGACGAGGUCGAGGUUGAGGUUACGCAGGCUGCUACGGCAGAGAAACAUGAGAAGGCAAAGAUUUCUACUUCUGUUUACCGUGACAAAGAAGGGGACACGGGCGAACAGGUAUCUUCGACGAAGAAACAUGAGAAGGGAAAGAGCUCUAUCACCGUCUUCCGUGACGAGGAUGGGGAUCAGGGUAAGCAGACGUCCUCGCCGUCGAAGUUUACGCCGUUUCGCGACGAAGAGUCGCCUGUUCCCUCUUCCACCUCAUCAACUUCCACUGCUUUAAGCACUGUGAUGAAGGUCAAGGCAGUCGGAGCGCGGCGAGAAGCCCCUACCUCGACUGAGGCCGAGGCGUUGCGGAAGGAUCCGUUCAAGAAUUAUAGUGCUGACGAGAAGCCAGUUGCAGAUCAGGAUUGA